AUGUCUUCCAACGUUCUCGCCGAUAAGGACAUCAAUGCCUCUGCCACCACUGGUGCACCUGCAGACGGAGCUGUGAAGGAUGUUAAGAGCAUGGAAUACCAUCGCCAGGUCCUGCAAAGCAAGCUUGAAGAAGGACAAGGAAAGCAAACAUACAUCUCACCUUCCGACAACAUCAUGAGCCCUUGCACGGCAAAGCUGAGCGCCUACCGGAGUAAACAAGUUGGAAAAGCCAAGCCCAAAUCCCUCUUCGCAAAGACUUCAGCCAAGAACCUAGGAGCCGGCGGAAACAUGUUCGGCUCCCAGAUCCCACGCACAAACAGCGAACAGAAAGAUGGCCAACAAUAG